GCGGGGCCUUCAAGGGAGGGAAAAAAAAAUAAGAGGACGUGAGCCUGGGUCUGUACCAAGGCGGCUGGAAAACCUCUGUGCUCCGGUUAUGGUGCGCUGCGCUCCAUCCCGCUCCGUCGCCCUGGGAACCGCCGGAAGCAGCUCAACGGAGCAGCAGGAAGUCCCGCCCCUUCCUCCCAGAGGGAAGACGGUGAGCCGGAGGAGUCAGUCAGAGGGCCGAGCAGGAGCGAUUUCCCCCGACAAACAGAUUAUAAAUUUUAGUUAAAUUCAACUUUGACAGAAGAAACAUCACCAGAACUUUAUUAAGAAUGGAUUCUGAGAAUAAACAUGAAAAUGAUGAGGAUGAGGAAGCAACAGACAAGAAAAGUGUUUCAUCCCAUGCUGCUAGUUGUGGGCCCAUAUCUGACGGGAUAGCAAAUGCCUCUGAGAAUUUUACAAGCAAAAGGCCUUUUUCAGAAUCAUCCAGCUCGGACAGUGUUGCUGUGGAGGAAGACAGAAGUGAACUUGCUUCCAAACGGAUGAGAAUAGAGGCAGUGGAGCCCCUUGAGACGGGAGAGCAGGGCACCUGUGGGUUGGACACUGUGGAAGCUAGUGUCCAUUCGACUGAAGCAGGGAAGGAGACCUUUUCAACCAACCACUCAGAUGGAGGCAGAGCCCUUCCUAGUGUCUUUCCUCCAUCUUGUGAUUUUAGCACGUUGGAUACCCUUCCUUUGAAAGCAGAUUCAGUGAGAAAACCUGCUCAGGAAAUGGUUUCUCUUGUUCCAGAAAGACACACCCCUUUUGCUCCAGAAGAAAUGAGUGUUAGUUGUAGCUUUGGAAAUGCAGAGACAGUCCUAAAGUGCAGCAUGUGUGGCCAUUCAUUUUCCUCUUGCUCAGCUUUGGAAAAGCAUGUGGAAUGUCAUGGGGAACAGGAGAAGGGAUGUGCCUGCUGCCACUGUAGCCACAGAGCAGAGAGCAGCUCAUCUCCUCACAUGCAUGUGAAACAUACUCACGGGCCACAGAAAGUCUUUUCCUGUGAUCUCUGUGGCUUCCAGUGUGCUGAAGAAGACCUGUUGAAUGCACAUUACCUUGGCAAAACACACCUUCGGCGUCAGAAUCUUGCUGCUCGUGGAGGAUUUGUACAAAUCUUAACAAAACAACCCUUUCCUAAAAAAGCCUGUGCCAUGGGAACAAAGAAUGUUAGAACAAAACCAAAAGCUUCUAAACCAAUAGGAAGGAAUAGGGAUUCAAAAGGACUGCAGAAUCCUGGGAACAAAUUCAAAGACUGCAGAGGAGCCCUUUCUGAACAUAGUGGUGGCAGUAGUGAGCUGCUUGUCGAAAUGGUGCCAUCUAGGAAUUCCUCAUCAGGGAAAGAAGAAAUUGUUGAGGAAAAUGUUACUACUUUUGGUGUAGCUCAAAAUCCUGAAAAUCAGAACAAACAGCUAGGGGGCUUAGUGAGCUCAGAGGGUCUUUUAGGUAAAUCAGAAUCCAUCAAAAAUACUCUCCAGAUAGCACAUAUUAGUAUCAGCACCACCUCGAGGCCAAGGUCUGAGCGAAAUCUCCUAAUGUUGGGUAAUAGCUUUCGAAGACGAAGUGGCACUUUUACUUUAAAGGGCCAGGCAAAGAAAAGAUUUAAUCUUCUAGGAAUUAAUAAAAGGGGUACAAAUGAAACUCAGAGGAUGUAUAUGAAACACUUUAGGACACAAAUGAAAACGAAUGAUGUGCAGCCAAUGAUGGAACAAAUGAGCAAGGAUGUCCAAAGUCUGUGUGUGACUACCUCAGACAACCCAGAAGUGAUACAGGACAAGACAGCUUCCUGUCUUUCGGGCUCCACACAGCUGGGCUCCCUGCCAGUCAAGCCAGCUUCUGAUCGCCAGGUCCUGUGUACCUGUACAGGGUGUGGUCAUAUAAAUGCAGAUAAGACAGACUUGGACAUUCAUGAGAAAAGGUGCCGUGCAAGAGAGAUGCAGUUUUACUGUCGGACUUGUAACUUUUCUAGUCCGUCAAGGAAAGACUUAGAGGAACACUUGCACAGUAAUCAGCAUCAGCACAUGGCUCCUGUCCUCAGCUGUCAGUGUUGUUCCUUUAUUUCCUUGAAUGAAAUGAGUCUUAGAGACCACAUGAAGGAAAAGCACAGCAUGGGCUUUUUUUGCACCUCUUGUAAUCUGUUCUUGUCUGAGAAAGAUGUGGAAGAACACAGAGCAACUGAGAUGCAUAACAGCCCAGUGGUUCAACCAAAGACGGCUUCAUCAUUGAGCAGUGAUUCUGUUUUACCUUUAAGUACUUUAGAAUCAGAAAACAUGGACGAUUCUAGAGAAGAAUCAGGGAAAGCAGCUAAGGGGGUUCUUGCUGAGUCGAGGGCAGGCCAUGGAAGUGAAGCAAGGCAUUCAAGUAAGCCUCAGUUUCAGUGUAAGAAGUGCUUUUAUAAAACAAGGUCUUCCACUGUCCUCACAAGACACAUAAAGCUUCGGCAUGGGCAAGACUAUCACUUUCUUUGUAAAGCAUGUAAUCUGUAUUCAUUGAGCAAAGAGGGAAUGGAGAAGCACAUUAAAAGAAGCAAACAUCUUGAAAAUGCUAAGAAAAAUAAUAUUGGUUUAAGUUUUGAAGAGUGCAUUGAAAGGGUGUGCAUAGGUGCAAAUGAUAAAAAAGAGGAGUCUAGUGUUUCUGGAAGUGCAAGGGCCGAAGGCCAUGCUGGUGUGCGAUUACAGGAGCAUUCCUAUCGUGAGCAGAGCUUGCUAACUCCUAAGGAACUGCCACAGUCUGGUGUCAUCACCAAAGAUGAUGAAUUAGCCUUAGCCACUACUCCAAAGAGAGGGAGGCCCAAAGGCAGCAUUUCACGGACUUGUUCACACUGUGGACUUUUGGCCUCUAGUAUUACAAAUUUGACUGUGCACAUCAGGCGUAAACACAGUCACCAGUACAGUUAUUUGUGCAGAGUAUGUAAGUAUUACACUGUAACUAAAGGAGACAUGGAACGUCAUUGUGCCACCAAGAAACAUAAAGGACGGGUAGAAAUAGAAGCAAAUGGGAAACAAAGUUCAGAUAUAAUUAUUGGCCCAGAAGGAGGCAAUCUUGAAGCAUGUAAAAAGAACACCCCUCUAGCAGUGGCUGUUUCCGAUGAACAGGCUAACAAGUCCACUGAGUCGGAUACAUCUACUUUAGAUAAGCCAGUGGUCAAUUGUGGAAAUGCAGUAGAAAUUGAAGGUGAAAAUGUAUUUCAUUCUGUAGAUAGAGAAGUUAGCAGUCGCCUCUCUGAUAAAAAGGGACAGAUAUCUCUAGAGACAGAGGACCUUCUACAGAAUGAUGCAUGCUCUCAGAGAGAUGUUGCAAGUUCAAGUGACAAUAAAUGUCUGCACUGUGAGUUUAGUGCUCAUUCUGCUGCUUCUCUAGAGCUACAUGUGAAAAGGAAGCAUACCAAAGAGUUUGAGUUUUAUUGCAUGGCCUGUGAUUACUAUGCAGUAACUCGAAGAGAAAUGACUAGGCAUGCUGCAACAGAGAAGCAUAAAAUGAAAAGGCAGUCUUACCUCAACUCUUCUAAUGUGGAAGCAGCUUCUUCAGAAGUGGCCAAAAGCAUCCUUAUACCUGAGGAGGAACAUUCACAAAACCCUGAGGAAUUUAAAAUAAAACCAGACCAAUCAUCUGGUACUCUCAAAUCUAGAAAUGCUGCAGAUGGUUCUAUUUUAGAUGAGAAUACUAAUAUAGAGAUGUCUAAGGUGCUCUGUGCUCCUGACUCAGUGGAAAUUGUGACUGAGGAAGAUCAUUCCUUUUGUGAGACCUUGGAACAGUCCCUUGUUAAGGACAAAAAUAUGAAACCUGGAGAGGUAGUGUCCCGUAAUACGCCCUCUAACCAUGGCUCCCCAGGCUGUCUUCAGAAUGAAAAUCCAGGAAUCUCUGCUGCGGAUUGUGAGGCAGCAAAGAAAAACCAGGGCCCGUUGAAUGAUGGUGGUGACUCAAGUGCACGCUGUGAAGACGAGGGAGGCAGCCCAGAUGACAGUGGAGGUACAGUCCUCGACAAGCCCCUCUGCUCCGGAGACUUAGAUGGGGACCCUCUGCCUGAAUCCACUUCCCCUGUUGUGCUGAAAAUACCAAGAGAGCACCUGGACCUGGAUGAUGGUGGCCAAAACAAAGCUGGAUGUGAACAGAAUUCAGAAGAUUUGAAAGAUGUGCAAGCAAAUCCUGUUCUCGAGAAUAAAGAAAUUCUGAUGAAUUCACAACAUGACACUGAAAUUGUUUUGGAAGAGGAUGGCCCAGCUUCUGAUGACACAGUUGACAGCAAUGAUGUUUAUGAAACUAUAAUAAGUAUUGAUGAUAAAGGGCAAACCAUGUACAGUUUUGGCCGGUUUGAUUCUUCCAUAAUUAGAAUAAAAACUUCUGAAGAUAGUGAAUUGGUAGAUCAGUCGGAAGAGGGUCUGAUGGCAACAGGGGUGAAAGUUAGUGAGUUGCCUCUAAAAGACUGUGCCCAAGGCUUGAAGAAGAGGAAAGCUGAAAGCAGUUCCUUUGGCGAGUCCACUCGAAUCAGAUGUGAUGAUUGUGGUUUCUUAGCAGAUGGACUGAGUGGGCUGAAUGUUCACAUAGCCAUGAAGCAUCCUACAAAAGAGAAACACUUUCAUUGUUUACUUUGUGGAAAAUCAUUCUAUACUGAGAGCAACCUUCAUCAGCAUUUGGCUAGUGCUGGUCAUAUGAGAAAUGAACAGGCCAGUGUAGAAGAGCUUCCAGAGGGAGGGGCCACCUUCAAAUGUGUCAAGUGUACAGAGCCCUUUGAUUCUGAACAGAAUUUAUUUCUGCAUAUUAAAGGACAGCACGAGGAAUUGCUACGGGAGGUAAAUAAGUACAUAGUGGAAGACACUGAGCAAAUCAAUCGAGAGAGAGAAGAAAACCAGGGGAAUAUCUGCAAGUACUGUGGGAAGAUGUGUCGGAGUAGCAAUUCCAUGGCCUUUCUGGCUCACAUUCGGACUCAUACAGGAUCAAAACCAUUCAAGUGCAAGAUAUGCCAUUUUGCAACAGCUCAGCUUGGAGAUGCCAGAAACCAUGUGAAAAGACACCUUGGGAUGAGGGAGUACAAGUGUCACGUCUGUGGGGUUGCUUUUGUGAUGAAGAAGCACUUAAAUACUCACCUACUAGGCAAACAUGGAGUUGGCACCCCAAAAGAAAGGAAAUUUACAUGCCACUUAUGUGAUAGAAGCUUCACCGAGAAGUGGGCCUUGAACAACCACAUGAAACUCCACACGGGAGAAAAGCCUUUUAAGUGCACCUGGCCUACAUGUCACUACUCAUUCCUCACGGCCUCGGCUAUGAAAGACCACUACAGGACACACACAGGCGAGAAGUCGUUUCUCUGUGACCUCUGCGGCUUUGCCGGUGGAACCCGGCACGCCCUCACCAAACACCGCCGGCAGCACACAGGAGAAAAGCCUUUCAAAUGCGAUGAGUGUAACUUCGCCUCUACAACCCAGUCACACUUGACUCGUCAUAAGCGUGUGCACACUGGAGAGAAGCCCUACAGGUGCCCUUGGUGUGACUACAGGUCAAACUGUGCUGAGAAUAUCCGCAAACACAUUUUACACACUGGCAAACAUGAAGGUGUGAAGAUGUACAACUGUCCAAAAUGUGACUAUGGGACAAACGUCCCUGUGGAAUUUCGAAACCACUUGAAAGAGCAGCAUCCUGACAUUGAGAACCCUGACCUCGCAUACUUGCAUGCUGGCAUCGUGUCCAAGUCCUAUGAGUGCCGCCUGAAAGGACAAGGAGCCACCUUUGUGGAGACAGAUAGCCCCUUCACUGCAGCCACCCUGGCAGAGGAAUCACCUGUCAAGGAGAAGUCCCUGAGAAGCAGCAAGAGGCAGGCUUCACCCCCUGAGCAGGUCCAGCAGGUCAUCAUCAUCCAAGGCUAUGAUGGGGAGUUUGCCCUGGAUGCCUCUGUGGAAGAGACUGCUGCGGCCACACUGCAGACCCUGGCAAUGGCUGGCCAGGUGGCCAGGGUGGUUCACAUUACAGAACACGGGCAGGUCAUUACCACAAGUCAGAAUGGGUCGAAUGUGGGCAGUGUGGUACCUGGACCCAUCCUCCCGGAGCAGCUGGCGGAUGGAGCCACCCAGGUGGUUGUCAUGGGGGGCUCUGUGGAAAGUCACAGUGUGGAUGAGGCCCUUAGUCCAGGCGGGGCUGUGAUACAGCAGGUCUCCAAGCAGGAGCUCUUAAGUCUCUCUGAGGCUGGAGUGCCUCCAUCUGACACCUCCUCAGCCUUAGAUGCACUACUCUGUGCUGUCACUGAGUUGGGCGAGGUGGAAAAUAGGGCAGGGCAUGAGGAAAAGGGCAGGCCCAGCCACAAGGAUGUGCUGAUCCAACUGCCCAGCCAGGAAGCAGCCCAUGCUCAUCCCAGCACAGAGGCCCCAGAGACUCAGUUGUUCCAAGAUGGUCAGGAGAGUCCAGCAGCCAUGGAAGUCCUGACGCAGGUUGUCCGGCCCUCAGCCAUCAUCACGUCUCAGGAACGAGCCCAGGUGGCCUUCAAGAAGAUGGUUCAGGGGGUCCUCCAGUUUGCUGUCUGCGACACAGCUGCAGCCAGUCAGCUGAUGAAAGAUGGCGUCACCCAGGUCAUUGUGAAUGAGGAGGGUGCUGUCCACAUGGUAGCCGGAGAAGGCUCCCAGUUCAUCAUGCAGGAAGCUGAGACCCAUGGCCUGCGGGUACCGGCUGAGCACGUGGACCUGGUAGAGUCAGAAGGGGAGAUCUCACAGAUCAUUGUCACAGAAGAGCUGGUCCAAGCCAUGGUCCGAGAAUCCAGCAACAACUUCCCUGAAGGUGCCACCCACUACAUUGUAACAGAGUUGCCUCCCGGUGUACAGGAGGACGCAGGUGUUUACUCCCACACUGUGAUCGAGACAGCCGGCUCUCCAGAGAUGCUGCAGGCGGGGGCUGUGCUCGGCAGUGCUGAGGCUGUGGGCACAAGCAGCACUGAGCAGUUGACCAGCAUGGUCAUCUAUACCCAGGAUGGCUCCCCGGCAGCCACAGUGAUCCAGAGCCAAAGAGAAAACAGUGAGCUCCAAGAAGCAUGAGGCAGGCCUCCAUGCGGGGCACAGUGCAGUGUGCAAAGAUCUACUCGGCCCGUACAGAGGCCGCUGAGCUUUGCUGGUCACGCUUACUUCAGAGGUGUGCUGAACAGGCCCUUCAGGCAGGGGUAACAUUGGCCACUGAAAAGACACCAGAGGAGAGCACAGAGCCACGCCUACACCUAGGUUGCCCAGCAGCCUAAGAAGAGUGGGUGGGCAGGAUGGACCCUGUACCAUAGAGCUGGUCACUGGGCCCUCUGCUCAUGGCCUUGCCCCUCCAACACCACUGUGGGGAGAAGCAGUUUUCCCUGGUUUUUCUCCCAUACAAGCUCCCUGUUUAGCCAUCUAAAGAAAGAAGAUGAUGUCCCUGGUGAGAACUAGGAAACGUUUCUAGCCUCAGACCAUCUGCACGGGCUGCUGCUCAUGCAGCCCGUCUCCUUCCAUAGUCGAUUAAAAAUCGGAGCUACAAAGACGACGUCUUGAAGCAGUGAACACCUUGUUUUUACUGUUACUAAGGUUAAGAGAAUGGUGUUCCCAGACCAAAGGAAGCCUGUUAGUUCAUUUUAUGUAUAAAUUUCCCUUCUGAAAAUAUUUUAGGUGUUUCCUUUGCCAUGGCCAUUCUGCACAAGAGAGAUCUUUCAUCUGUGGUUUGAGAAAAGUCUUGAAAUUUUUACUGAGUUAAAAUCCACCUUGGUUAAGACAAUUGAUUCUCAUCCUGAAUCCAUUUCAUACCAUAACGUCUGUACAUGAAAUGUCUACUGUGGAAAAUAUCACUCAUUGCUUUUUAUAACAGGUAUCUGUUUGUGCGGGGAUCUUUUCCCCAGGACUUACCUGUGACUGUCUGGGAGCGGGAAGGCUGGCGUCGAACAGUGCAGGAGAAGCCCACCCUGGCCCUGCCUCCCGGCACUGCCUCCUCCUCCACGGUGGGGUCACUGCAAGUGCCGGCUGCAGCCUUAUGUUCUGCUCAGUUUUCUUGAUUCCAUUGCUCUUUUUUUUUUUUUUUCUUCAAAAUUGUAAAAUAACCCCUUUCCUCAGAGGCAAAAUUGUUUUUGUUGUUUUCUUUGAAAUAAAAUUAUAGCAUUAAACUAAGGGUGAUGACGUACUCUGAGUGGUCAGCCAGCCAAGGCUGUGCCGACAGUGCCCGUGUGGCCAGCCUGCCCAGAGGUUCCUCCCUCUCUGUUUUCACCACUUCGUGUAUAGCAGACAGCUCCUGCAGCCCAGUGCCAUCACAUAAGUGACAAAUGGCACAGUCUGUCCUGGUUAGGGACAGGAAGACAGUCUCUCUGUCAGUAGAGAGCCAUUUCAGUCCCUUCCUAAGGCCACAAGAGAGAGCACCACAGGACCUGGCCUCUGGCCCCCUGCUUUCUCUGCCUUGAGUUGUGUCCAUUCCAGGCCAACUCCCUACACCCAGCCACCCUCCAAGCAAAAGAAUAAGAAAAGGUAAAACUUGAGCUUUGGCACUGACUUAUAAUUAGCUAAGUGUGACUACUCCUGCUUCCUAAAAAUGGCAGGGCUACUCAACUCCUCUUAAACAAUGUCUUUGCCAAACAGUGACAGGAUCGACUCCGUUUGUUAUCAGGAUAGAGGUGACCUUUACAAAGUGAUGGCCCUCUCCAGGCUCCUCAUACAUGUUAAAAAAGGGGGGUGGGGUAUUUUUCAGUGCAGAUAUUUCUUCUUGAUCACCUCUCCCGUUGGCGCGGCCCUGCGGUCCUGAGGCUCAAUGCUAAUUCUUGCCUCUGCAGAGCCCUGUAUGGCUAACCUUUCCGCUGCAGUCCAGGGCGUUGACACUGACAUGCUGUAGUUUACCGUGUGUGAUUUAUUUAGGAUAAAUAUGUCUCAGGUGGCAUUUAAUCCUUCAUAAAACCAGUGUAGCCUGCAGUGUCAAACCUGCAAUCACGUUGUGUGCGCGAUGAAAAGAGCAGGUCUUUGCAUAAAAAAAAAAUUGUACAGAGGGUGUUCUUAGACUCAGAAAGAUUGCCAAGGCUUCUCCAAGCUAUUGUAUCCUGUAAUUACCUAUAGAGCUAGGUUAAUGGUACCUCUCUUUUCUCUCUCAUUACACAACUAUUGGAAUGUAAGGGAGUUUAAGAAGCACAUACACAAAUGUGUGCCUCAGAAUAAUGAGGCAUGGCAGGGUUUGUGAGCAAAGGACAUUCAUUGUAGCAUGGAUUGUCUAUAAAGACAACGCAGCGAGCUCACAGCUUUCCUUAAGGUUUUUUCAAGAAAAAUGUGACAGUUUUAAGGAAGCAAAAAGCCCAGCCAAUGACAUUUUUAUGUAGAGAUUGUAACCCCAGAAGACCAUGUUUAUAUUGAGCUACAGCCAAUUGAAUGAUCCAGCCUCAAGGAUAUCUGCACGCAAGGAAGACCGAGUCCAAGUCAGCAUAUAGAUACGGUUUAGACUUCAACUUCCAUGCCAAAAGUUGUCAGUGUGGUGGAGUGGAGGACCACAAAGUAAGACAGCCACUUCUGGACGUGGGACUUCCUGUCACACAAGGUCAUUUAGUGUGAUGCUGCCACUCACUCGCACGGCCAUCUUUGUGAGAGACCUCAUCCCUCCCUGGGAGACGAGUGGUCACUGCUAAACAUCCUUGCAAGAAAGGAAAUCAGACAGUCUGAUGCAGAGGAUGAGGCUUUCAUGUAUUGGUUUCCUGUGAAGGACAAGUACAUGUACUAAGACUGGGUCCAGUAGCUUUGGGAAUCCCUGUCACUUACUAGCUGAAAGUGUAUGAAAAGCCAGUGCCAGGUAACAGUCCCAGAUUGUCCAAGAUACUUCCAGUGAGAGAAAAGGGAUCUCAAGAUUGAACUGAGCUCAGUUCUGACGCUUAGUGAGAACUGGGUUGGGCAUGAGGAUAGGAAAUUUCUAAAAGGAAAUCUGACAUCAGGGGACUUGGGCUAAGCUGACCAAACAGCAUUACCACUUGGGGCAUGAGCUGGGUGGAAGACGAAGACCCUAUUGGAUUUCCAGGUCCACUAGGAAAUUAGAGCUGUUAGUGGGGAUCCUGGCCUCCCCAGCUUAGCAGAUACCGUUAGCGGGCUCCUGGCCAAUUAGCAGCUUUCUUGCUAAGGGGUAUUUUUAAAAGGAAGCUCUCAGAUGAUCAUAGAUGCAUCAGACAAGUUUCCUCAUCAAAGAAAUUGUCCGAGUCCUGGAAGAUGGAGGGUGAGGCCUUAGUCCAUGUUAGCGUUCUCCGCCUAGAACACAGCCAAGACUCCAGGCCCAGCAGCCCCGCCCAGCACUCCUCUGAGGAGCCUGACCCCACUUCCCACCAGUAUCCAUCUAGGAGAAUCCCAGCCACACAAAGCUGCUCUGUCUCCCAGCUCUGUCCCACUUGUUUCCUGGAGGGGAAGGAGGCCUAAGCAGAGGAUUGAGGAGCCAUCUUAAAAUCUUAACCUGGAGUGGUUCCUAGGUUGAGCAAAGGCCAUUCAGUUAGCAUCAGAGAACAGUGCCUUUCCCUUCGCUCACUGGACAUCAGCUCUUAAUGUAAGGGGUUCAAGCUAACUUGAGCAGCCUCCUCCUGUUCCAUCACGUUGGAGAAUACAAUUCAUUUUCUGCUCCUCUAGGGUGAUACCAUUUUACAUGGAGAAAAAGUUAGCUGGGGUGGCAGUUCUAUGUUUCGGAAGCACCUUCUAAUCAGGGAUGGGUGAUUCAUGAUUAGCUUCAGCAGGCGAUCCCUCUGACAUGGAAGGGGAAAAAUUAGCAGCUGUCACUGCUUGAUGAGUUAAUUUCCUGAUGGGCCUGACACUGAAAAGCCAUUUGGAGUCAUGGCUGUGGCUGAUGAGAAAACCUGGCAGUGCUUUUAUGACUGGAGAUGAAGACGGGGCAGAGGAGCUGCCUGGGAAGGCCUGUCAGUCCACUGGGGAGUGUGCGCAUCUGGGCUGGGGCUCAGGCCGAGGCCUCACUGCCCUCUUUAUUGGGCAUACCUCUGAUGGGGAGGCCAAGCACCUCGUGGCUGUGGAAACUCCAGGAGACAAAAGGCAGCUCCAGGAAUACAUGGGGUAUUGACCUUCAACUCUGUCCUACCCUACCUCUGUUCAGGAAGGCCACUUCCAACCCAACAGGAAGGAGCAGGUUUGGUCUUAAUGUCUUUUAAGUAGGAAUUAAAGAAAUAAGUAUAUAAUAAGCUCUACCUUUGUUACCAAGCUUGGCUUCUGCGCUUCCCUAAGAGAAGGUAGUUGGCAAAAGUUGGGUAUAUGGAAUUCAGGAAUCAGGACCAGAGCCUAUUGUUUACCAGCUAGAAAACACAGGGGCCAUUGUAAUCUUCAGGGACAGGCUGGGAAACUCCUGUUUCUCUUGGAUCCUUGGUUUGUAAAAUCAAUGAAGAAGAAGGUCCUAGAUCUCCUACUUAAGAAGGAAGCUUGGGGCAAUGACCUACUUCUUUCCAGAGCCAAGCUCUUGCCCAGGCCAGGUUUCUGGUUGCUCUUCCUGCUUUUGGGACCAAGCUCUGCAAGCUGAGAAACUUGCCCAGAACUGGCUAUGGAGAGCUAGAGUCUGAACACUAGAAUGUGGUCACAAAAACCAUUCCCAGAAUUGAAUAAAUCAAUCCUCCAUAUCUCCAGCAAAGAACCAUUCUCUCCUGAAUAGUAUGCAAUACCUUUCAAUAAACUCUUUUUAAAUGACCUAACUUCAACAUGGCUUUCACCAUCAUCAAAGACAAUCUACCACCAGAAUAAACACGAACAUCCAAGCCCUCGAGGGUCAGAACCAUAUUCUCAGUCGUCUUCUACAUCUCACAUUGCUCUUCGAAUAACCUGUUAAGGGGGAGAAUUAAAACAAACACAAAGGAAAGUAUUUACUUUUCACUUCCAAACUGAUUCCAGGUUAGUGAAGGACCUGUUCGAUUCUCUGGGUGACCCACGUCUAGCCAGUGUCCAGCCGUGCAUGCUGCUGUGAGCAGUGAGGACAUCUUGGUGCCUGGUUACCUUGUUCUCGGCAGCCUCAGCAGUGUCCACGGCCACUGACCACAGUUGGGGGUCGCAGCUCCUGGCUUGUUCCAUGUGGCUUCUGAAGAUGGAAAACGUUUUGAUGUCAGUUGCAACAUGAGACCCAUUGGAACACACAGUUUUCCGAACCCACAGCCAGGAGCUGAGGAUCUUUUGGUGACAGUGGAGGAUUCACACUCUUGGACAGGCUGCAGUUUCUCAGCCAUGAAAAUGGCCAGGGCAUGGGAUCUACCCACCCAACAGCAUGGUUACCAAGAAGAACCCUCACUGGGGUUGCUCCUGCAGGUUCCUCCUAUCUCAAAUGCAGGGUCCUACUGGUCUGUGUCCCCUCCCACCCUGUACUUCACAGAGCCCAAGGUGCGCUUCCCAAACUGUUGCUGAGGAUGACCGCUAAGUCAGAGCCUCUGCACUUGUAAACUCGCCCAGAGUGCACACUGGAUAGCCUCAAGGGACCAUCUAGAGGGAAUAAAGAAGUCAGGACAUGAAUUCCCCAUUUGCCCUCCAUUCUGGUUUUGUUAGUCGCCUUCCUCUCUGUCCCUGCAGUCUCAAUUUCGUCAACAGGGCUCUUCAGAAGGAAGGAAAUGAAAUGCAUCCUGAACCUACAGUCUCUUGGUCAAACCAGUUAGAUCACAUUCUCAUCAUAUUCCAGAACAGUUCUUGAUGAAGAACCCUGAGACUAACCCUCAUGACAAAGGUCACAUCAGGGUCACAGACUUGUUACACAUAGUGAGGUGACUCUUCUGGCUUUUAUAGGUACAACCUUCACUCAUAAUCAUAAUCUUAAAGACAGCAUCAAAGUUUCUUCCCAUGGCAUCAGGCUGUUCUUGUUAAAGAUUUUAUUUGCUAUGUACUGACUUUUUUCCACCCUAAGGUGUUGGGCCAAAGCGAUUCACUCCACUCACUAUUCAUUCUUGACAUAGUAUGAAAAGAGAUGGUGUUUGAGGUCAUCUGGAAUGACGGUGACAUUUUCUUUUCUGGAGGAAGAUCUUUGACACUUGGCAAGAAGUCGGGAGCCAAGGCAAGCAAACAAGGGCAUGCCAGGUGGCCCUGGACCGCAAGCCUUGCCUUCAGCACACAGCAUCUCAGUACGGUCCCAGAAGAAAGCUGGACUAGGGAAGAGCUCCAAAGGGAGGGAGGAGUGCCCUGUCAACUCUGAAACAUCCUCCAACAUCCCAAUGUACUUGAAGACGGGACCCAUGUGUAGUGUCUAGACCCAUCCAUCUUAGAAACAAUUCUUGAGAGGAAGAACAGCGGAGCAUGCUCUAAAAUAAAUCUGCCACAAACUGUCACCCUCCCCCCGAAGUCAGGGAGGCUGUACCCUGAGCAGAGUCUCCAGCCCCUUCUUAAGAGCAAGCAAGAAGACUGUGGAGCUGACAGCCCUACGGUACCGUAGCACACGAAGUGGGGCGGGAUGAGAGGCUCGUGAUUACAAGGGACCCAAGUGGCCCCACAGGCUGCCUGGUGACCCACACAGCUGUUAGCGUUUUGGAGGAGAUAUACUUGCUGGGCAUUGGUCUGGAGCUGUUCCAGAAGACUUCUGCAGACCUAGAUGGCAGAGAUGGCAGUUGUGCUGGUGUGAUCCUGAGUUGAGGACCAAAACUCAGUCUGGGCCUUGCAGCUGAUAGAACUAAGAUUAGAACUAAGAUCAUGUCAGAUGAACCCAUGAGUGGCAUCCCAUGAGGCCACACUAUGUCCCAGCAGCAUUCAGUCAGUCUUUUGAGAACAGGGUUUAGAAAUAGAUAAAUUCUCUGUCAGUGUACCCUGAGACUAGACAGCUAUUCAUGAGAUGUUCAAAGGAUUACCAGAAACAUAGUGCAGUCUUUGCAUGGCUCCAGUGGCAAACUGUCCCCAAGGAAGCUGGAGUGAAAAUCACAGAGUCUUGCAGGCUUCGCUGAGUAAAGCUGGCAAUGGCCUGCUCAGAGCUGCAAGGGCCCAGCAAGGUUGCUAACUAUGUCAGGUCAGUCUGACAAUGACCUGGGUCCCAUGAGCCACCCAGACUAUCACUGCAGGCCCUAUCAGUGAUGACAAAUGUCUUCCCGUGGCCAGUGAGGGGUGCCAAGCUCAGGCUGCAUAAUGUGGCACCUGGACUAGGAGGCUCGGCUACACGGAGAUGGCCAGACCGAGGGAGCAUAGCACUGUUGCUGCCUCUGGGCGCUGCCUCCCUUCCUCUGAAUCCCAGAGCCUCCUCAUUGUUUUACUUUGCUUUCUGGUUUCUAUCUCAGUGCUCUUUGAUUUCACAUUUCUGGGCUCUCCUUUGGGGGCGUCUGAAGUGGGCUAGGGCACUACAGGCUGCCCGAAGGCUGGACACUCUGGGUUCUGACUCUCCUGACUGUGUAGAUGAAGGUGGAGGCCGAGGUCCUCAGGCCCCCGCAGUCUCGUGCGAGGCAGGUGUCUGCUCUUCACAAUGACCUCAGCUAAGAUCCCUCUUCUUACGGCUUUGAAACGGUUUCUAUGGAGCUAUCUAUCGUCUGCAGCUCCCUCUUCCUGAAACUGUACUACCAUUGUAUUGUGGGAACGGUAAGCCCAUGGAGGUGGGACUGCACUUGGCCAUCUUUCCAAGAGUAUGACUUGUUUUCAGGCCACAUAGACAGCGCUACAGAGCACUCCGGACUGCCAGGGUCCAGAGGUUCCUUCGAAGUGAUGUGUCUGCGUAAAUGAUGUGGGGGACUCAGGGUCAGUUGAGGCCACGGCCAAGGCAACUCGUCUGGUGCAUGUGUGUGCGUGUGCGUGUGCGUGUGUCCCCUUCUGUUGCCACAGUGAAUCCUGUAAACUAUCAACCAAGGGCAGUCAUGGAAUAAAGACUGUCAUCUAUGUAACCUCUCUGAAGAUUCUCCUCUCUUGUUCCUUUUUCAUGAGGAUACUUACUGCAAACUGUAUUCUGGAAGAAGCUUGAUUAGUUCCAGGAUUCAGAACAAAAGAGAGACAUAAGGUAAAUAACGGAAAUGCACAGGGUGCGGUUAUCAGAGCACAUAAAGGGGGAGCUGUAAUGAAAGAAAUGUCAGGCUGAAGAGAGGGCCCAGCAGCUAACAGCACGGGCUUCUUUCCAAUGGACCUGGGUUCAAUUACCAACACCCACAUGGCUGUUCACAACCAUCUGCAAUUCCAGUACAGAGGAUGUGACACUCUCACUUGGCCUCUGUGGCGACCAGGUAUGCACUUGGUAGACAGACAUGUGUAGGCAAACCACGCAGAUGCAUAAUUUUUAAGAAAAGAAAUGAUAUAAUAUUGACAUGUAUAGAAAAUAGGUUAUGAAGGUCUGGAUAGUUUAGAACACAUGAGUGGGGCAAGCAACAGUCUAAUCUGGGAUAAGAAUAGUAAGACAGUUAUUAAUGUUGGAAGAAACUAAACAUGCAUACAAAGUAUCAGCUGUUAGUACCAUAUAAUACAUGGUUUAUCCAUGAAUGGUAUUUAUAGUCAUGAUAUCCAUACUGUGAAUACGCAUGUAAUACAAACCAUCCCAUAACUAAGAAGUGGAGGUGGGACGGAAAUGGUGUGAAGAAUACAGACUCCUGCAUCUUGGGAAGUGAACUGACAGUGUCUGAGAUAGACAAAUCAACUUCAGUGUCAGCAAAAUGCCCUUCCCAUUUCCUAUCUAGAUGGAAAAAAAUCUCACUGUCUGGUCAUUCCCUACCACGCUAGCCAUAGGGGGAGACAGGAAAUAGCAACCAUGUGUUGGAAGGCUGCUUGGGGAUGGGUGAAGCCGAAGCAGAGCAGAGAGCUCCCUGGAGAAGGGGACAGUAAGGGCGAACUGGCUGCGGCCCCUCUCCACUAAGGCCCGCCUCCCCCUGACGUUUGAAUAGGGCUGGUUUUCUGAACAUUAGAAAAAUGUAAACGUACUAAUGUAGUAGGAAGUAAAUAGUCCUCUGUUGUAAAACAAGUGACUCUUCCCUCUCGAACUGGAUUGAUGCCCAUUGCUUCGCCAUGCUUGGCUGAUGGGUUGGCUCUAAGCCAUGCUCCUCUUCCCCUUUUCUUCAAAGCCUGAUAGCAUCAGGAAAUUGCCAAAUCACUGGCCACAGUGCAAGAUGUCCAAACAAAGAGAUAUUUCAGUCCACAGUCCAUGGAAUAAAAGCAUACAUUUCACUAGUU